AUUUUAUUAUUAGCUACGGCUAUGUUUAAGUUACAAACUUUAUUUCCUCUUUUUACUUGCACUCCUCUCAACAUCCCCAAUACCAUCAUUCACAAGUGAAUGACUUCGGGGGGGAAUAGUGUAAGGACAGGUCCGAGGUGCCAAGCCUCGGACUGCUACAGUAAUUCCUCUAUGACCGAAGUGAGGAGUCAUCCCGAAGUGCAAGCGCGGACUGGAGAAGAACUUCUGGUUUGGUGCAAUUACAAUAUCUUGGAUGAAGCAUCCACCCUUUGAUAACUCAUUUUCAUUGCAUUUUCUAUUCCAAAAAUCGAAAGGCACAUUUUAUUCAACUUCCUUCUGGAUUUUAUUGAUGCUUUUGUCUUUUGUGGGUGUUAGAGUCUAUCAAUGUAUGUUUGUCUUCUGCUUUUAUCUGAUUUAUUUCUUUUUGGAUAUAUUAAAAAUGGUCGUUGUUU